AUGUUAUGUGGUUCCCCUUGGCAUUUGUGCGAUCAUGUUUUGUUUAUCAUCCAUAUGGAGACUGAAUCACAUUGGAUUCUUGGUCGAUUGAAUAUUGAGGAAAGGCGUAUGUACAUGUACAACUCCUUGUCGACUACUAUGAAAGAUAGUGCUGCUAUCAAAGCUUGUCAGCCAUUUGCGGUGUUGUUGCCCCACUUUUUUGCUUUGUUUGAUGAGUUAAAAAAGAAAAACAAACCGGUUUGUUUAGACCCUUUCGAAGUUGUUAAGGUUGAUGGUUUGCCUCAACAAACCUCGAAUGACUGUGGUUGUUUCGUUGCAUCGUUCGCCGAAUACUUUAUUGAUAUGAAACCGAUUCCUCCCAUAUUUGAUGUUGAGAAACACCGUGAUAGGCUUGCUGUGUUGUUCUAUAAGUAUGCUCGCAUGAAAGAAGUGGAUUUUAUUGAUAGUGAAGAGGAGGCUCCUCCAAAGGGUCCAAAGAAGAAUUUGUCUUAGUUAUCUAUUGGUUGUUGUUGGAAAUACUACUUUUUUUUAUUUAGCUUUUGUUUUUUCUAUUACCAGAUUAUGUUCAUAAUCAUAGACAAGUUGUUGUUUCUAUCAUGUUUUUUUCUUAAUUGGAAUUGGUUUUUAAUUUGUUCAUAUUUUUGGAUUUUUAAUUUUUAUAUUUACUCUAA